AUGGUGGAGUUACCAGCUCUCACUGACAAUCUCGCACCUAACCACCAGAACUUUUGGGCGUUCUACCCCGAGUGCCCUAUGGUUCCUGGGCCACACGAGAAGCGCCGCAAGGAGAUGAUCUGGCAGGGCUGCGAGAACGUCGAGGGCACUCCAGCGGGAGAUAACUAUCGCGUCUGGGUGGGCAUUGAGGACCUCUUUUACUUCGAGAACCUGCUUCGAUGGCGUCGCCCGCCGCCUUCGUGCAUUCGUGACGUCGAGAAACUUCGCGCCCGGAAGAUGGCGCAGGAUUCGGCGGAGCUCGAGACCGAGCCGCGGUGCGACGCGUGCCGCGCGCCGCGUGUGGACCAGCCUGUUGAAGCACACUCAGCAGGCGACGCCUCGAAUGUUGCCCAGACGUGCAACAUCUUUGACGGCAAAACCGUCAGCGGCAUUCUCCAGGAGUGUGCCGACGAGGACGACUACUCACCGCUCGUAGCCUCCCCCGUCAAGUGCGCGGAGCAGGCGGACGAGGAAGCCGCGAGGGGCCCGCCUUGCGACCCGGAAGGUCCGACAAGACCCCAUCCAGCAUAUCGCUUCGAUGCCUUCCAGAACCCGUCAGCGUGGAUCCAGGGCGCGAUGAAGUUCGUCGAUUGGGCGGAGCUCGACGACUUGCCGAAGAUCGGGGGGGGUCUUUGGCGCGAGCACGAGGAGGAGAGCACCGACGUUGCGAUCGUCAAGGGCUGGAGGGAGCUAGCCAAGGAGAGCGAGUUGGUCAUGAAUGACUCCGAGAUGGACGGCCAGGGCAGGCGCGAUGAAGCGAAGCGCCUCUUCGACAGCGCUCUGGAAGUCUCCGAGGCGGUGGAAGUGCUGAAGAUGUGCGAAGACAUCAGCCCCCGAGGAGACGAGGGG